AUGACAGUUGCUGCACCGCCUGUGGCACCCGUUCACGAAAAUGGUAUCAACGGCAGCGGCCCCGGACACCACCAUGUCAACAUGAGCUUGCCACGUUUCCACCCAAUCGCAAUGAACCCGAGCCAACCAGUGCAUCCCGAGCAAAUGAUGCCGAAUCAUUCUCAUUUCCGUCCUUUUCCUCCACCUCAUCCUAUGCAAGAAGCGGGCCCACCGGGCCCGGCUCCUCAUCCUCCUUCUCAUAUAGAUCAGAUUGAUGCUCGCUUGAGGCAAUUGGAACAUGAAGAAGCCGCUCGUAUGGCCGCUCGUAGCCAUCUUCUUGCUAUUCGAAAGCGGGAAGACGAAGAAUUCCGUAGGAUGACUGAGAGUGCAGAAGCCGAAGAAGAGAUUUAA